CUCAAUUUAUGGUCACACUAAUCACGAGGUAAAAAUCAUAUGAUCGAUUUGUGGUAGUGAAAAUUUUAGACGACGGGCAGAAGGCACUCACACUGCAAGCACGAUAGCACGUGAAUUCCUUCGGAACUAUUGAAUUUCCCUUUUGAUUUUGUGCAAGUGAGAAAAAAGCAGUCAAAAUGGCUUUGAGCGAUGCUGAUGUUCAAAAACAGAUCAAACAUAUGAUGGCAUUCAUUGAGCAGGAGGCCAAUGAAAAAGCUGAAGAGAUUGAUGCCAAAGCCGAAGAAGAGUUCAAUAUUGAGAAGGGACGUCUCGUCCAGCAGCAACGUCUCAAGAUCAUGGAGUACUAUGAGAAGAAGGAGAAACAGGUCGAGCUGCAGAAGAAAAUCCAAUCCUCAAAUAUGCUCAAUCAGGCUCGCUUGAAGGUGCUUAAAGUGCGUGAAGAUCAUGUGAGCAGUGUGCUGGAUGAUGCACGCAAACGUCUCGGUGAAGUCACCAAGAAUGAGGCCGAAUACAAAGAAGUUCUGAGCAAACUGAUUGUCCAAGGCCUGUAUCAGGUGAUGGAACCCAAAGUAACUCUUCGCUGCCGUCAAGUCGAUGUACCUCUCGUUAAGGCUGUCCUUCAGUCAUCCAUUGAGCAGUACAAAGCCAAUAUGAAUCAGGAUGUCGAUCUCUUCGUGGACGAGAGAGAAUACCUGGCUGCGGAUACUUGCGGAGGUGUCGAAUUGUUAGCAUUGAAUGGACGCAUCAAGGUGCCAAAUACCCUGGAGUCCAGAUUAGAAUUGAUUUCACAGCAGCUUGUGCCAGAAAUCCGUAACGCUCUGUUCGGUCGUAACGUUAAUCGUAAAUUCACCGAUUAAAUUUGUCUUUAAGUGCAAAAUCAACCAGAAAACAAUAACGCAAAUACCACAAAUACAUUAAACAAAAGAAGUAAAAAGUUCAAGUUUACCAUCAACAAUAAGAACACCCACUAAAUGGAUGAACGAGACGAUCCCCAUUGAACUCUUGAACUUUAUUUAAACAAAA